CACCUACCACACCUAAUUCUCCUAAUUCUUCAUUCUUCAUUUCUUCGUUCUGGCCCUUUCCCCUGUUCCUGAAAUUGUCUUUGAAAUCCGUCAUCCUAAACCUUUUUCCUCGUUCCCUCUUUUCUGGUCCUCUAUCUAAUCCUCCUCCUCCUCCUCCUCCAACCCCAAAUUUCCCCUACAUUCUCGACUCCGACACGACUUACUUUCCGCUUGCUCCAACUGGACAACCAACUUCCCUCCCCACCAACUUUGUUUUCGCGUUUCCCUCCUUCAUCCUCCCAACCAACGACGCGCGCCUCUUACCGGCAGGCCGUUUAACUCGAUCCUGCCCUUUCGGCUUCCUUGAAAGCCACCUUGCCCCCUUCCUCGCUCCUGCAUCGCGACAACCUCGACCACCGACUACACUCCCCUCGACGGUACUCGGUUGGGUCUCGCCUGGAACUCUCGACUUUUGAAUAUUGUCUCUGUCACGAUCUACGGACCUCUGUUGUCUGAUCAGACAUCUGCCGGAAGCCCGGAGAUCUCCACCGAUUAGACGCGUCCGACUUCCGAAACACGCUACCCGAAGGCGAAGACAAAAUCUCGGACAGGUUUUCAAUCCAGAACGAGAGACAAGGGGACUUUCCAAGGCGUGUGCAGAACUCUCCUCUCUGGCCUAGGGUUGCUUCCUUCUCCCCAAGAGUCAGUUUCCGCCGUCAAAGACUCGUACUUUGUGCGCAACCUUGCAUUCCAGUGCAUGGGAAUUGAAUACCUGCUCCAUUCUUCGCCGCAGAGUCAGCUAAUCAGGCGUUGAUCCGGUACGGUUCAGGCAGGACAGGAGGCUUUUAUUGGAGCUUUCCUUGGCUCCGGUUCUUUCAGCAUCCUUCAUCCGGGUCGUGUCCAUGGACUUCACGACCAUUCUGAACCGAAAGAACUCUGCCGCCGCCGCAGCCGCUGCCGCAGAAGCACAACUGCACCAACAGUAUCUGCAAAACGCACAGUUGAAUCAACCACCCAUGAAGGCGGAGCCUGGUGCUUCGGAUAACCCCGUUAACGCAUACCCGCCUCAUCCUCCCCCCGGUGUCCCCAUGGAUCAAGGACUCGCCGAGUCUUUCUACUACGGGCAACCCCCGGCUGCGACCCCUCGGAACAUGGGUUAUGUCCCUGGUGGAUAUGCCGGUGAACCGCAGAUGCAGCAACCACCUAUGCCCUCUGGAAGGACUAGUGGUGAUGCGCCCCCGAAGACUUUCCACUGCGGAACUUGUAACAAGGGAUUCGCUCGACGCAGCGAUCUCGCACGUCAUGAGCGCAUCCAUACUGGAAUUCGGCCUCAUGCCUGUGACUGGCCGGGCUGCGGGAAACAGUUCAUUCAACGCUCGGCUUUGACAGUACACUCGCGAGUACACACUGGCGAGAAACCUCACAUGUGCGAGCGAUGUGGCAAGCCCUUCAGCGAUUCAUCAUCACUCGCUCGCCACCGUCGAAUUCACUCUGGAAAGCGGCCCUACAAGUGUCCAUACGCCAACUGCCAAAAGACGUUCACGCGCCGUACAACCCUCACCCGCCACCAAAAUCAUCAUACUGGGACUAUCGAGGAGGCAGCGGCUGAGACGGAGGCCAAUCUGCGCCAGAACAAGGAGCGAGGUCGUGGGCCGGAGGGAAUGUUUCCCGAUCAUACCUCCAUCCACUCUACACCAUCUCCUGCCCAGCACGCGUCCAUGUCACCUGGCGGUGAUCUUCCGCCGCUGACGAUGCCUCGCUCGGCCGGCGAUUAUUACAUGGGUAGCGGGCCCAUUCCUCCUCACCUUCGAGGCGAUUUCUCCCAGGGUAGUCCCCGUGCUUCCCCCACAGCCACCUCCCCUUCGCUUUCGAGCUUUGGAAGUGCACCUCAUGCGCGACCAUCGAUGACUUCCAAUCCGUACGGUCCUCCGCAGCCGCUUGAGCCCCCAGCGAACAGCGACCACCGGCCCAACAGCGUCAGUGGCAGCCCACAUAUGACCAGCCUGGGUUGGGCCUCGCCUUCUCACGGGAGCAUGCCUUCGCCUGGAUCGGCCAACGAUUUUGCUUAUCCUGAACCUACAGGCCCGGCGUACCCAAGCUCUAUGCCUCCUCACAUGUACUUCCCCAACUCCACCAUCCGUCGACCCACCAGCACUGAGCCCGAAAACUACGAGACCAAGUCUCGCAUGGGUGAUCAUACUUGGUCGACCCCGGUAUGAUGUCGGCUGCCGCUGUCGGGAGGUUUGAUCCCAAACUUUUUUCCUUUUGUUUGAAAGAUAUCCCACCAUCCACCUCUACACUCUCUAUUUUCUUUUGUCGAAUUGCUUCAUCUGCAUUAUCCCUCGAUUCCCAUGGAAAACAAACUAAUUUUCCACCGCUCUUCGUUUCAUCCCACUAUGUGUUUGUGCUGCGCGAUUGCAUCUUAUUUUGUGGAUAAUUUUUUGUAUCUCUACCGAGGUGGGCAGUCAUACCGUCUCUCACCCUUCUCCCUCUGGAGUUUGAUCGUGUGUGUCUGCGCAUCACUUUUUUCAUUAUUUGCUUUUCAUUUUUGUUGAUCAGGUCGUCAUCCUCACUGCCCUCACAACAAUGAACCCCUAUCCAUCAUCUCUUUUGUUUUGAUUGCUUGCGUGCGGAUGACAUGGCUUUACCGAGACACGACCAGACGAGGAAACAGCAUAGAUAGAGCGCAGGACUGGGGAAUUCUUAUGGGCUACAUUGUACUGGAUUUGGGAAACAGGGAAAUCGGGGUUCUUUGGAUGAUUUGGCAGAGGGUCCCCAUUUGUGGUGCGGUGUCUGGUUUGGUAUUUGGGUUAUUCAUCUGCUAUUUGUUGGUCUUUUUGUGCUACUGUUGCGUCUGUCUUUUCCGUCUUUUGCUCUCGUUGCUUGCGUUGCAUAUCUCCUUGUAUCCCCCUUGUCUUUGUUCUAUCUCUUUUCCUUCUUGUGUUCUAUAUAUAUCUUCCUACUUAAUAUCUUUGUUUUGGGGUCGAUGCAUCUUCAUGCUAACCCUUCGUGUUGUUUGUGGUUUCUUUCAUUUUUCCUAUCCACUGCUUUCUUGCUUUUUUUUUUUUUUUUUUUUUUU